UUGCAAUGCAGCGAGAGAGGUUUCUUGUCGUCUCAACCAUUCAUUUUCGGGACACGGUCACUUUCCCCCUUUUUUCGUCUUUCCCCCUCUUCCACCAACAACUCACCUCGAGGGACACUCAGAAGACAGCGUGUCAUUGCUGCAGCAAGUGUGCCACGGGCGCCGAGUCAACAGCCCGUGGCAACCUGUUCCAGAACGUUUGGAAAUGAGCUCGUAAAGUUUGCUCGAAUCGUGUCAUGGCCCAACCAGAUAACUUUCUAUCCCAAUCGCGGCAAUCGCGACAUCUACACACAGCCCACAGCGACACAGGGUGCGCUUAUACUGGUACAGUUGUUGGAUCUACAGACUUUAUACGCCUUUCCAAAUCCGCCACUCGCCGUUCGCCAUCACACGUUCCUGUUCUUCCCUCCGUCAAGCUCACAUUACCUAAGCAGCACUACGCUGGACAGCAAGGGGGACCACCGCGACAACGCCCUAUUCUCAUUGGCUGCAAGAAAAUAUUCUCUCUCCCUCGGUGACCCUCAACCACAAACUCAUAUUGGGUGUGCGCGCGUGUGUGUGUGUGUGUGGGUGCGCGCCGCCGCCGUCGACCUUUAUCAUGAUGAAACCCCCAGUCCCUCUCCGCCACUCUCCCUUCCUCUUCUCACGAGCGUGUGCCCUAGCACGGAGCAACAAUGCGCACCGCCACGCCUUAACGUCGCCGCGACUUGUCCGGUUCCAGGUCACGACAACACCAUCGGCAUCCUGCAUGACCACCUGCAGCUCCAGCACAGCCCGCACUGCCUCACGAGUCACUUGUUCGGGCUCCUCCACUCUCCCUGUUACCCGCUCCCCUUCUCGCCCAACCACCACAGCCCGCCGCAUCCCAUCGCCGAUCAUGACCGCCGGCGCCGCCCAAACCCGGUCAGCGUGCGGGUGCGCGUGCAGCGGCGGCGGCGGCGGCGGUGGUGGUGGAUGUGGCGGCUCCCGUGAUACCGCCGGCGCCGACCCCCGCCCCAAGGGUCCGAGGACCGCAUACAUCGCCCUCGGCAGCAACCUCGGCGACCGUGUUGCCUGGAUCGAGCGGGCCUGCGCCGAGAUGGACUGUCGUAACAUCAAAGUGAAACGCACCAGCAGCCUCUGGGAGACGGAGCCCAUGUACGUUCUAAAGCAGGAUAGAUUCGUCAAUGGAGUUUGCGAGGUUGAGACUGAACUCGAACCUCUGGCUCUUCUCGACGAGCUGCAGGAUAUCGAGCGUACAAUGGGUCGCCAGAAGGUCAUCAACAAGGGCCCGCGCAACAUUGAUCUUGACAUCCUUCUGUAUGGCGACGAGAAGGUUGAGCACCCUCGCCUUACCGUCCCUCACAUCGGCAUUCCCGAGAGGGAGUUCGUCCUGCGACCCCUGGCCGAACUCAUCCCCGAGAAGCCUCUCUACGCCUCUAACCCCUGGAAACUCACCUUGGACUACCUCAACGAGCUCCCCCCGUCAGCGGCGCCCCUUUCACCGCUGACCCCCAUUUCCGCCUCUCGGCCCCCGCUCGCCUCCCUCUCCUCCAGCCGCCAAACCAGCGUCAUGGCCAUCGUGAACGCCACUCCGGACUCCUUCUCUGACGGCGGCGUCCACAACUCCAAAAACCUCGUAUCAACCCUUAAAUCCUUCGCCGCUGCCGGUGUCACCAUCAUCGACGUCGGCGGCUGUUCCACCGCCCCCGGCCGCCCCGAGGUCCCCGUCGACGAGGAGCUGGCCCGCGUCCUUCCGGUCAUCAAGCUCAUCCGCGGCCUGCCUGAACUCGCCCAGGUCGCCGUCAGCGUCGACACAUACCGCGCAUCCGUCGCCGAGGCUGCCGUCGCUGCAGGCGCCGAUAUCAUCAACGACGUCUCGGCUGGCCAGCUCGACCCCGACAUGUUCCGCGCCAUGGCUCGCAGCAACCGCACCGUCUGUCUCAUGCACAUGCGCGGCACGCCCGCCACCAUGAACUCACUGACGGACUACCCGGAUGGCCUAAUUCCUACCGUUGCGCGCGAGCUGCUCGACCGCGUCGCCGAGGCCGAGGAGGCCGGCGUGCGCCGCUGGCGCAUCAUUCUCGACCCGGGCCUAGGCUUCGCCAAGACGGGAGCUCAGAACCUGGAGAUCCUGCGCCACAUGGAUGAGCUGCGCUCAUGGCCUGGUCUGGAGGGUUUCCCCUGGCUGGUUGGUUCCAGCAGAAAGAGCUUCGUGGGCAAGAUCACGGGCGUUUCGAAGCCCCAGGAGCGUAUAUGGGGCACGGCGGCCACAGUGGUCUCGGCCGUGCAGGGCGGCGCGGACAUUGUGAGGGUUCACGACGCCGUUGAGAUGUGUCAGAUUGUCAAAAUGGCGGAUGCUAUCUACAGGCACUAAGUGGUCGUGGGAAGGUAUGAAAGGUUUAAGAGACUGAACAAUACUUGCACAGACAUUAGCGUUUGGCAUCCAGGAUGGUUAAAUUAUCCGAUCGUACGAAAGAUGGACGGUGACUGAAAUGGUUCAACAGGGUAUUCAAUGCUAGAGAGCCCCUGGGACUAUGCAGCUAUGCAUACAAUGAGCAUAAAGAGUUUCGGAAGUAAGAGUGUCGUAUGGAGAGAUUUGAUCUUCCCAAGGCCGAUGGUUGCAUUUCCACCACAAUUUUACACCGACCUAUCAAAAGAAGCUUUGGGGACAGACAGGUCGAGUAUCCCCCCGCGGCGCGAACGCUGGCAGCAACCAACGGCCAUCAUCCUCAAACCGAUCACGUAUACCCUCCUCCCUUGCGGGCACAACUCCCCUUGGCCCCCCGCGGCGGCGAUGCUCUUCCCCCUUUGAUCGACUCGAUCGCCAGCUUGUUGAGCCGUCAUUCCACUGUCCCGUCAUCCCUUAACGGCGGGACCAGAAUCCGCACCAUAGCGGGGUCGGGACCUGGGCCUCCUCCUAGUAACUUCUGCAAGAGAAGUUUAUGACGGCGGUCUGCCUGGGCGCACGUGGCGAGAAGUAGCAAGAGUGCGGCCGUCGCGAUGUGACGAUACUGCAUGAUGCGUACGCGGGCCGGUCUCCGUGUGGCCAAGAUUGAUAUUUGAAACUGGUGCGUUUGAAGCGGCGAGUUGGUUUUUGAUCGAUGGACUCGGGUUUGGAGGGAUUUUUGGCUGAGGUCUUGCUGGAAAGUGGAUGGAGCUGGGCCAAGGCUUAGGUGGAACUGAAAAGGGGUGAUGAGCGAAAUGGAUGCAAUGGAUGCUCUCUAGGUAAUUAUAGAUGAGGGUCUGCACGACCUUGUCUUUGCAAGAUAGCCAGAAAGGUGAACAUGA